AUGUUCGGAAGCAGCAACACGACAUUUGGCGGCGGCUCGUCGUUCGGUAACAACAACAACUCGUCUGGCGGCGGUCUUUUCGGCAACACCAACAAUGCAUCUUCUGGAGGCGGAAUGUUUGGGGCUAAGCCAGCCACCAGCACUUUUGGUGGCGGUGGAUUUGGAGCCUCGAACACCAACACCUCCACCAAUGCGUUUGGGGCAGCUUCUUCAUCCCCCUUCGGCUCGUCUUCGACCCCUUCUCCUGGUCAAUGCCCCGGUACCACUCUUACUCCCUUUCAGCCGUUUACCGACAAGGAUACUGCCAACGGAAAGAUGAUGACCAACAUCUACGAGACCAUCACCAUGAUGCCUCAGUAUCGCACUUGGUCUCAGGAGGAGCUGCGGCUGGCUGAUUACCAACAGGGUAAGCAGUACGGCACUGCUGGCGCCACGGCCACCAACACCUUUGGGGCUGCCAACACCGCUUCUCCCUUUGGAUCUUCUUCCAACACCAACAACUCGCCGUUUGGAAACUCUUCCACUUCGGGUGGCAAUACUUUUGGUGGCGGGUUCGGCCAGAACAAACCCGCUACUGGGGGCCUGUUUGGAAGCUCCAACACCAACACUGGUGGUGGAUUUGGUACCUCGUCCACUUCUGGAGGCUUUGGCUCCAACACCACCAGCAACACUGGUGGAUUCGGCGGAUUCGGUCAGAACAACAACGCCACUAGCAACACCGGUGCAUUUGGGGCUGCCAAGCCCUCGCCCUUUGGUGGUACCUCGUCUUUCGGCAGUGGCAACACUGGUGGAGGCAUGUUCGGAAGCACCAACAACACCUCCAACACCACCAGUGGCUUCGGAGGUGGAUUCGGACAGAACAACGCUAACACCAACACCACUGGCGGUUUCGGCGGAGGAUUUGGCCAGAACAACACCACCAACAACUCUGGCGGAGGUCUGUUCGGUAACAAUAACACCACCAACAACACCUCGGGGGGAUUUGGCCAGACUUCCACCUCUACUGGCUUCGGUUUCGGUCAGAAUAAGCCUGCUACCACCAGUUUCGGCCAGACCAACAACACUGGGGGUGGUCUCUUUGGCAACACCAACACCAACACCAACACCAACACCGGCGGCGGAAUGUUUGGCCAGGCUAACAACAAUACCUCAGGUGGAGGGCUGUUUGGUCAGAACAAUAACACCAACAACAGCGGGGGAGGUCUGUUCGGUCAGACAAACAACACCAACACUACGAAUAACGCAUUUGGUGCGAACAACAACACUUCUGGAGGAGGCCUGUUUGGACAGAAGCCCGCAACUACCGGUUUCGGAGCAACCAACACAGGCACUACAACCGGCGGAGGACUGUUUGGCAACACUAACAACAACACUAACACCAAUACAGGCGGUGGAUUGUUCGGCAAUAAUAACAACACUAACACAAACACUGGUGGAGGUUUCGGAGGGUUUGGCCAGAACAACAACACUGCCAACACUGGGACCACCGGUGGCGGUUUGUUUGGCCAGAACAAACCUGCUACUGGAGGGCUGUUUGGCCAGAACACCACCACUCCUGCCUCGACCGGUACUACUGGAGGAGGCUUCUCGUUUGGCCAGAACAACAACAAUGCCUCUUCCAACACUGGAGCCACCGGAGGAGGCCUCUUCGGCCAGAACAAGCCUGCAACCGGCGGUCUUUUCGGAAACAACAGCUCAACCACCACUACCAACACCACUGGCGGAGGGCUGUUUGGAAACAACAACGCCGCCUCCAACACCUCUGCUACCACCGGUGGAGGUCUGUUUGGUGCCAAGCCUGCGACUACUGGAGGAGGUCUGUUUGGCAGCAACAACACCACCAACACCUCCAACACCGGAGGAGGUCUGUUUGGCAACAACAACGCUAACACCAGCAACACUGGCGGUGGAUUGUUCGGUAACAAUAACGCCAACAAUAACGCUAACACCUCUACUGGUGGCGGUCUGUUCGGCAACAACAAUGCCAUGAAUAACAAUAACAUGAACAACAUGGGUGCCAGAAACAACCAGACUCCUUCGCUCACGGCGUCCAUUGACCAGAACCCCUACUCGAACAACCCCUUGUUCUCUGGUCAGACUCCUCCUGCUCUGACCUCUUCUGGUUCCAACGGCACUGCCAAGGAUCCUCUGACCACCUCUCUAACCUCCAAGAGCGGAGCCAAGAGCGGCAACAACGGCGUAUCUUCUGCAUCUUACCUUUCGUCGUCUCGACCACUGUUCCAGCCUCGAAAGAAGACGUCUGCCAUUGCUUCCGAGCAUGUUGCGCACCAGCGAAACUACCCGGAGGACCGGUUUGAGCGAAUCUCUCUACCCGAGGUCGCCUCUGCUGGCAACACUUCUGUGUCUAGCGUGGGCAACACAUCUAUGUCCACGGCCAGCAAGCCUCGCCACUCUCUGUUCUCUCCCAAGACAGAUGAGUUCUUGCUGGGGUCGGACGCCUUUGUGCCUCGACGAGAGAUCCGAAAGCUGGUCAUUGACCGUUCUGGCGACGAGGCUGAGCUGCGACGUCUGACUCAGGGCGAGGACCCUGAGCUGGAGGAUCCUCACCAGCACCAAAACGUCCAUGAUACUCCUUCCAAGGCUCCUCUCAAAUCAUCUCUCAGUACUCCGAACAGCCAGCAGCGAAAGAAGUCAGUGUCUUUCUCUGCGGCUGGAGACAACUCCGUGUUAAAUGGUUUGAACGACCCUGACUCGCUUGAAAUGGCUCCCGUUUCUCAGUCAGGAACUCCUUCAUUCUUCCCCAAGUCUACGGCCUCUCCUAUUCACAAGGCUGUGUCUGUGGAGUCCUCCGCCACUGCUUCUCCCACUGCCACCCAAACUUCGGACGAGGAGAUUGUCGAUGAUCAGGGCUACUGGUUCUCUCCCCGACUCAUGGCUCUCAAGACCAUGACCACCGAACAGCUCAAGGCCGUGCCCAACUUUGUGGUGGGCCGAAAGGGCUUCGGUAAGAUCCAAUUCCUCGAGCCCGUGGAUCUGACUGCGGUUGAUCUGGACGAGAUCCCUAACAACGUCAUCACCUUCACCAAGCAAACUUGUAUCGUGUACAACGACGACCAGGAGCGGCCUCCUAUGGGCGAGGGUCUCAUGGUACCUUGCAAGAUAACUCUUUACAACUGCCGACCCAUCGCCAAGGACACAAAGAAACCCAUCACCGACCCCAAGCAUCCCUAUGCAAGACGAUGGAUUGCUCGUCUCGAGCAGCAGAAGAACACCCGAUUCAUCUCCUACGAUCUGGAGACUGGUACCUACGUGUUUGAGACUGACCACCCUUAA